AUGUCAGAUUCAUCAUCAGAUGAGGAUGAAACAGUGCAGCAGGCUCUGGCUGAUAGCACUAGCGAUGAGGCAACAUUUAAAGAACUGGGUGUGGUUGAUGUUCUUUGUGAAGCAUGUACACGAUUAGAUUGGAAAAGGCCUACAAAAGUUCAGAUUGCAGCAUUGCCGCAUGCACUUAAAGGACGUGAUAUAAUUGGUCUGGCUGAGACAGGGUCGGGCAAAACUGCUGCAUUUGCAAUACCGAUAUUACAGGCUUUACUUGAAACCCCACAAAAAUUGUUUGCUCUCGUACUUACUCCAACAAGAGAGUUAGCUUUUCAAAUUGGCGAGCAGUUUGAGGCAUUAGGAGUUUCUAUUGGAAUUCUCAUUGCCGUGAUUGUUGGCGGGAUUGAUAUGGUGACGCAAGCUUUAGCUCUUGCGAAGCGACCUCAUAUUAUUGUCGCUACUCCUGGUCGUCUGGUUGAUCAUUUGGAGAACACCAAAGGUUUCAAUUUGAGGGCACUGAAGUAUUUAGUGAUGGAUGAGGCUGAUCGAAUUCUAAAUAUGGAUUUUGAGGUAGAAGUGGAAAAAAUUUUAAAAGCCAUCCCAAAUGAUCGAAGAACAUAUCUGUACUCAGCAACAAUGACUAAAAAGGUUGCUAAACUAGAACGGGCUUCACUAAACGAUCCAAUCAGAAUAGAAGUCAACUCCAAGUAUCAGACUGUUGAUAAAUUGAAACAGCAUUAUAUUUUCAUCCCUUAUAAAUAUAAAGAAGCGUAUCUGGUUUAUGUUUUAAAUGAAAUGGCAGGACAAACAGCUAUAGUAUUUUGUGCUACAUGCGCUUCAGUUUUAAGACUUGCAUUAAUGCUACGGAAGCUCGGUUUUGGAGCAGUCCCUUUGUAUGGCCAAAUGAGUCAGGCAAAACGACUAGGUUCUUUGAACAAAUUUAAAAGUAAAGUGUCUACUAUCCUUGUUUGUACAGAUGUCGCAUCUAGAGGUCUUGACAUACCUCAUGUUGAUGCAGUUCUUAACUACGAUGUCCCUACGCAGUCCAAAGAUUACGUUCAUCGUGUUGGUCGUACUGCUCGAGCUGGUCGAUCUGGCAUUGCCGUGACAUUUGUUACUCAAUACGAUAUUGAAAUGUAUCAGAAAAUUGAACGCUUCAUUGGCAAAAAGCUUCCGUUAUUUGAAACAGUGGAAAAUGAUGUAAUGCUUUUCAUAGAAAGAGUAAAUGAUGCGCAAAAGUUGGCAAAACAGGAAAUGAAAGAAAUGGAAGAAAAAAAGCGUAAGAAAAAGAAAAGCUUCGAUGACGACGAUGCUGAAGUAAAUGAUGCAGAUGACACUUCCUAUAGGAAAAAAUUUAAAAGAAAGCAAAGAAAUGAUCACUUAAAAAAGAAAAAAAUAAAACUAUAA